UGGCGCACCGCGGCAGUCCAGUCGUGACCGCGGGUGUGACAGGUUGUGAUUGCGAGUGCGUGCGCGCUCUCAUCAGGUCUUAUGUAGAAAGCGUGAGUGGGUGGUUCUGUGAUCUUCGCCUCCCGCAGUUGGAUAAAUCAUGCGACUUGCCGUGCGGAUACACACUAUAAUAUAGAAGACUCUCCAUGCUGUGUGACGCCACGUGAUGCGAUGUAUCUAGGGAGCGUAUCGGCCGUGCCGAGCAAACCAUCUGAAGACACUGGCAUGGCACACUGGCCUGUCUCGAAGACUCUAUCUCUGUUGGGAGUAGCGAUUCUGGUGCAUCUGAUUGUCAUGACUUCACUCGCUGACAGAGGGCCCGCUGAUGAAGGAACUGGUGACCGCCCAAAGCGCAGUGUCGACCCUAAGAGGCACCGAGGAUCGGAAAACACGCUAGCCCAGGACCAGAACGGUAGGGCUGCCGUGUUUGCCACAGAGAACUCCACAGUCGUUACCGCUCAGAUCACCAGCACAGCCACCCUACCCUGCGUCGUGCGCAAAUUUGGAACUGGUGUGGUAUCCUGGAUUAGGAGGAAGGACUUCCAGUUACUCACGGUGGGCUUGGCGACUUACAGCAGCGACGACAGGUUCAUGGUGGAACACGCUAGGCACCUGCAGAACUGGGGCCUCCAGAUUCACAAGGUCCAGAAGACUGAUGCAGGAAUGUAUGAGUGUCAGGUGUCAACACAUCCGCCUACCAGCAUAUUUGUAGAGCUCAAAGUCAUAGAAGCAUCAGCUGACAUCCUCGGGUCCCCCGACCUCCACAUCAAGAGCGGCAGCCAGCUGCGCCUGGUUUGCACACUGCGUCAGAGCACGGAGGCUCCUGUGUACGUGUUCUGGUACCACGGUGACCGCAUGAUAAACUACGACAAGGAGCGCGGGGUCUCCGUGCUGAGCGACCGGAAGAGUAGCGUUCUGGCCAUCAAUGCGGCGGACAAGGCGGACAGCGGCAACUACACUUGUGUGCCGUCCAACGCCAAACCUGCCAGCAUCAACGUCCACGUGCUCAAUGGAGAAAAGCCCGCAGCUAUGCAACAUGGCGGCCGAAGCAGCGCACCUCGAGCUGAAGGACUGACGCCCCUGGGGGUGUUGCUGGCCUACUUCCUCAGCAGGUGAUCCCCCACCCGACAGCUGAUAGUCGACGUGGUUUGGUGCUAGAUCUGUUCAGACUGUUUCGUUGUUUCAUAUCCUACAUGUCUUACUUAUAUGUGGAUAUUUCACUAAUAUUACAGACGUUGUAAUAUAUGAGACUAUUUAAUUUACUAUGACCGUAUUUGUUACAAUUUGCUAACGAUGUGAUAAAGUAUACUCAUUUAAGGACGAGCCUUAAAUAUAUUUUGUCUUAAGUGUAAAUAAAACUAGAAUAAGAAUUCAGUUAGGUUAACGUUGGUCUUGGGCAAUAAUGUAUUAUCCGGUACAGCGUUUUAUUAUUAGUUUUGGUGAAUUUCGUUUAUCAGUUUCAGUUAAAAUGAUAGUUUUAUUAGUAGUAAAAAUAAUUUCCAUGAAAUCCGUUUCAUUUUAAUCUGACUCAACAUUAUAAAAACAAACCAUAAUUAAAAAUGGUUAAAUAUACCCUCACUUUAUUUAAUUAUAUACAUGAACGAGAUACUAAAAUUUAAAGCCUAGGCACAAAUCGUAUUGGAUUAUGAAACACCUGUUAUGGGAGUAGUGCGCAUAUGAAGUUAAAUUGUACUCGAUCAUUAAUACUAAUUUGUAACUGUAUUGAAUCGAUAAGUUUUGUGAAAGAGUCCCUGUAUCAAAACGACUAAAAUUGUUUCUGUAAAUGUUCUAUCAUCUUUUCAGCAUUCAACCGUCUGUGUAUUUUUACCUAAUGAUUUAAUAACUCGUGUAUGAAUUUAGCUCUUUUAACCGGGUUUUAUGCUGCCAAGGUAAUUUGUAAUUAGGUUGUUCCGUGUAUAUUACAACAAAAUUUCGUCCUUUGUAAUAACGUAGAGAGAAUAAGCAUGAGUCUCGGCUGUAAAUUCAUUGGAAUACUUACAGUUUUACUUUGUGCUUCACUUCCUCAUACGCAUGUUUUAUUAAUAAAUUAAAAAAUUUGAACAUACAUACAUUUACUCGAAAAACAUUUUUAUUACGACGUUCGUUUGAUCAGGUUUCGGUUAAUCGACAUUCUAGUACACAUUUUCAAGUAGUGAAAUUCAACGACCAUUUUUAAUGUUUAAUAAUUGUUCAAUAAAAACCGUUAUAAAUACAGAAACACGAUAAGUUUUAGAAAACCGUUUAAAAGCGGAAAGCUUUUGUUCUAUAUUUGUUCAGAUCAGAUUAAAAACAAGUAAGGAACAAGAGAAAUGUACGUUGAUAGAAAAUGUUUUGAUGUGAGGGAUACUGUCACAGGAUCUGUCGGAACAAUUCAGAUACACUAAAAUAUACGUCACUAUUGUUGUUCAACCACAGUUUCUCAAGUAUUUACCUCAAAUAAAUUUCACAACAAAUAAACGAUAUGACAAAUGUCUAGUCAUUCAUGAUCAAAAUGAAAUUGGGUUGUCAAAAAUAAAUAUAUGUAAACACGCCUAAUUUUCUAACUAUGUAUUAUGUUAUUAUUUAUUUUAUAUAUAUUUUUUAUAGAUUUUAUUACACUAUGAAUAUGCAGGUAAAUAUGUUUUUAUAAAUGCAAUAAAAGUUGUUUUGAGUUGCAUGGUGCUAAUAAAACAUGACGACUUGUGUAAACCAUUAUGAUUUUUUCUGACAGGUUUUAUCCCCUUAAUGAAGGGGGAAGGGUGAUCAGUAUAAAAUGUUUCAAUGUUACAAAUACAACUGUCUUGUAUAAUUGCUUCAAAGUUAGACCUAAUACAAGGAAAAUAAAGUGUACAUAUAUUAUGUCUUAUUUUCUAUAAUAGAGGAAACAUUUCCAAAUGAAUACGUAAGUCAUGUUGUUUAUAUUGAUGGGUACAGUAUUAUUAUUAAUGUCAUAAUAAGAUUAAAGUUUAGUUCUUUU